AUGGCUCUGAACAACACUGUGGGCGCUUUCAUGCGCGGCGUCAUGUACCGCGGUGUACCCGGUGAGAUGACCGUGGAAAAUAUUCCCAUGCCCACCAUCAUCAGCCAGACCGACGCCGUAGUCCGCAUCACGACUUCCGCUCUAUGUGGUUCUGACCUACACGUAUACCGCGGCUACCAGGGAGGUGCUCCUCCGUGGAACAUGGGACACGAGGCUAUUGGCUACAUCUCCGAGCUUGGGAGCGCAGUCGCCGGGCUGGAAGUAGGUGACUACGUCAUCAUCCCUGACACUGUGAACCAUGGUCGACUCGAGAUGGAGCCCGCCGGUUUGGAUUUCUACGGCAACGGAGCUGUCGUUACGGAUGGUCUCCAGUCUGAGUACGCAAGAGUCCGAUUCGCCGACUCUAAUUUGAUUCCCAUCCCGCUUACGCGGGAGACAACCAACACCACCAUUGAGCAAGAUUACCUGACAAUCUCCGACAUUUUCGCUACAGGCUGGGCUAGUCUCGACUUUUCGGGCUUCGAAACAGGCGAUACGGUAGCAGUCUUCGGCGCCGGCCCGGUUGGGCUCAUGGCCGCCUACUCAGCUACUCUCCGAGGCGCCUCAAGGGUCUACGUAAUAGACCACGUCCAAGCCAGACUCGACCGCGCCGCCUCCAUCGGAGCAAUUCCCAUCAACUUUGCCGCCAGCGACCCGGUCGCCCAAAUUAUGGCUUCCGAACCGAACGGAGUUAUGCGCUCCGUCGACUGCGUUGGCAUCGAGGCUCUCAACUCGACCCUAGAGCACCAGCCUAACAUCAUCCUGGAUCAAAUGGUCAAUCUUACCCAUGUCGGCGGUGGCAUUGGUCAAGUUGGUGUGUACAUGGCGCAAACAGACUCAGCCGGCUCUCCUCUAGGAUCCACAUUUUCUCCCAUCGCCGAAUUCCCUCUGUCCGACUUCUUUGGCAAACGCUUGAAGUUCCAAGCCGGCCCGGUCGAUCCCAAGGUGUACGCGCCGAUGCUUGUGGAGCUUAUUAGCAGCGGCAAAGCAAGUCCUCACUUCAUCGCUUCGGCGAGUAUCUCGAUAGAGGAUGUGCCGGCCUACUACGCCCGGUUCAACGUCCAUGAUGAGAUCAAAGUUUUUAUCAACUUUCCUUAA